AUGGAAACACCGGUAGAUACAGGCACGGGCCUGGACGAGAACGAAAACCGUCUCACGUGCCCGAGCCCAGCGCCGGGCUGGUACGAACUUCUAAUCUUCAAGCGUCCCCCGCAACCCCACUCCCAACCGCACCCACCACCACACCCCUACCGCUCCAUCAACGGCAACGCCGCUACCCCACGCUGGACGCACCUCCAAGUGACCACCCUCCCCAUAAGCAACCACGCCUACCGUCGUGACUUCAAGAACCUGGAGAUUCCGAGGGGCCUUCUGGGGCUAAAGUCGUUGCCGGCCGAAGCGCUGGCGCAGCUGGAAAGGGUGCUGCGCGAGAAGAAUUACCUGCUCAGAAGGGCGGGAUGGGCGUGGGUUGUGGACUGGGUGGACGUAGAGAAGGAGGUUGGGAGUGGUGGAGUAGGGGGGUAUGGUCUUGGUGGUGGGGAGUUUUGUCUGGGGGUGAGGAGGGUCAGGGUUCAUGAUAUGGGGGAUGAGUGGGAGGAGGAUGUGGGUAGGUGGGCGGAUGUUAGGGGCAUUGAGGAGAGGGGGAGCGCUAUGCUCUGUACUUGA